UUCUAAUCCAACCUUGACGAUACCUGCAAUGGAAUGGAAAAAUGUGGGAGCACGUUUAACGGGAAAUGCACCUGUUGGAUUGAAAGACUUUGCUAUCGGUUACUAUAAAAACACGAAUACAAUGAUCAUUUUUGGUGGAACUACGGCAAACGGUAAUAAAAAUGGCCAAACUUAUCUUGCAAAUUUCAACAAUCUAAGCUGGAGUUCUCCACCAAGUUCGCAAGGUCCGCAAGCAAGAUCGGAUAUGCUUUACGGGAUGGACGUUUGGGGAUCGUAUCGAAAUACAUUUGUGAUCUCUUGUGGUAGAGGAGAAGGCGAUGUUAUAUUUAAUGACACAUGGGCGUUUGACAUGGUUUAUCUUACAUGGACACAGAUAACAGAUGUUACAUCAAUGAGUGGUCCUGUUCCUCAGUUUUAUUCAGCAAUCGGUGGAAUCGAUACAACCAUUCAAACGGGAAGUCAGGUGACUCCGAAUAAUACAAUGUGGAUUUCUCACGGAACUAAUGGAACUGUGUUCUUCACGGAUCUUUGGGCUCAGGUGUUCCGUGGAAGCUGGACCCCCAAUGAAAAUACUUUGUCCACCGUCUGGUAUAAAGUUCCUACCAGUGGAGUCAUACCUCAAGGUCGAAAGCAACCUGCAGGUGCCAUCCUUCCGGGUGGUCGAUUGGCAAUAUAUGGAGGAUGCAAUAGUACCGGUGGGGAUUGCGCAAUACCGGACGUAUCCUCCUUGGUCUUAGGAAACGAUUACAAUUCUGGUAUACCAACCAGCGUGACUAAAGCAUUCUGGAGUCCGGAUAGUCAAUGUUUAGGCUCAAGAGAGGAUGCUGCGAUGGUGAUGAAUGGCAUUUACAGUGUUCCCGCUUUUUCCACUCAGGCCAUAGUUUUUGGUGGUAAAUUACCUGGUGACGCACCUAUUGGUGUUGAUGGUGAAGUUGGUAUUUUGGAUACUAGUUCGGGAGUUUGGGUUAGAGUAGUCCCUCAGGGUGAUGGUAAUGCGUUACCAAAAACUCGCGCAGGAGCCCGAAUGAUCGCGACUGGUAACACGGUUACUUCCGUUUCCUCCAAUGCUGGCGCAAUAGAUAUUCUUAUGUUCGGUGGAGAGGCAUUGGACAAUAGUUCGACAAACUAUAAUGACCUGUGGAUUCUUCGCCUGUACGAUGCCCCAACAUCGGGAAAUAAUCCUUCAAAUAUAACAAAAACAGAAUUCUUAUCUUGCAUCCCAGCUUCCCAAGAUAAUAUGCCUGUUAUGCCCGAUAAUAACGAAUCAGAUGAUCACGGGGAUGGCGGCGGAAUUGGUAAUAAGUUUGCAACACUUUUAAACUUGAAAAGUCAGGAAACCAGCAAAUCGCCUAAAUCAUUUGAAGUUAAUCGAAGUAGCAACAAAUCAUUUCACCAGAAUGAAGGUGACUCGCCGGUUUCGAUACUUAAGCCGGCUGGUGACUCAUGGGUAGAAAAACGUAAAAGCGUUACGGAAUCUGCUAAUUACAACACUUCGUCAAGAGGAACAAUGGCUAGCGUGGCAAGUGGAAGGGGUAAAUUGGAGGACAAAGACCCCAAUGAUGAGUCAGAAAGUGAAAAUAGCGAUAGUAGAAUUAUCAAUCAGAAUCUUGGAACAGGAACGUCGCAUAGAAAUAUUAUGACAAAUGUCGAUGAGGAGGAGGAACUGGAUGAAGAAACAAGGCAAGCGAAACUUGAAGAGGAAAUUACCAAUAGAGACGUUGUGGUCAUGACGAUACCGAAAAGAAGGUUGACUGUGGUCAACGCGUGA